AUGUUGCGACCGUGCGAUAUGGCGUUUGGGAAACACUGUCGACGAGUUACAUUCGGCGGACUCCCACCGGAUAAGUUCCCCGAGGUGGGCACCGGCAACGUGGUUCACAUCGGCCGGCUGUUCUGGAGUGAGGUCCUUCUUCCUGCCGUGGAGGAGAGUUAUCCUUAUAACACCCACAUGCAGCCCAUCACUACUAAUGCUGAGGAUAUGUGGCGGACUGAGCAAGCGGAUAAUGCUUAUGACAUCUUCCCGGAGUAUAUCUACCUCUGCAAGGAUCUCAACUACGGUCUAUGUUUUGAUUAUAAGGGUUGA